AUGGUCGACACUACUCUUAAUGCAAAAUUCUCCAUGCAAGGUUACAAUCUUGUUAAGUUAUUGAAAAGACUGGAAGACGCUACUUCAAGAUUAGAAGACGUCACCAUCUACCAAGAAGGUUACAUUCAAUCUAAGAUCCAAAAGGCCUCAGCCGCUGCUGGUACCUCUGCACAAGCUUCCAUUGCCUCUGACAAGGAUUCCAAGAUUGCAUCUGCUUCUAAUACCAAGCAACCACCAAAACCAGAAGACUUCACCGAAGCAAUUGAACUUAAAAAGGACCAACCAAAAUCUGUCAUUGAGUUCAAAAAUUUUAUCAAGAACUCGGUGGAUCCAAUCUUAGAACUCUCGAAAGAUAUAGAUCCAACAGUUACAGAUUCUAUGAAAUUGAUCUCACUUGCAUUCGAUUCCCAAUUAAGAUUAAUCAAGAUUUCAACUGUCUCAAAGAAACCAGAUUACACUUCUACUGACUUCACAAAUACCUUGAAACCAAUCAAUGACGCUAUAAUGAAAAUUAAUGAAUUGAAAGAUACUCAUAGACAAAGUAAAUAUUUCUCUUAUUUGAAUGCUAUCACAGAAGGUGCUCCAUUAUUCUCUUGGAUCGCCGUUACCACUCCAUUAUCUCUUUUGACAGAUUUUAAAGAUGCUGCUCAAUUUUGGACUAAUAGAGUAUUAAAGGAAUUUAAAGAUUCUGAUCCAAACUCUGUAGUAUGGGUUAAAUUAUUCUUACAAAUGUUCGAUGAUUUGAAAACUUACGUUAAGGAAUACCAAACUAAUGGAUUGGAUUGGAAUAAUGCAACCGGUAUGGAAUUUUUAGCUGCCGUGAAACAAGAAUUAUCUACCUCUACCUCUACCUCUACCUCUACCUCUACCUCUGCCCCUGCCCCUGCACCAAGUGCCGGUGGUCCACCACCUCCUCCACCUCCACCACCUGCAUCUAUUUACGAAAUUAAAUCAACCUCUGAACCUGCCUCUGCACAAGAACAAGGUAUUGGAGCUGUAUUUGCUGAAUUGAAUCAAGGUGAAAAUAUUACAAAGGGUUUAAAGAAAGUGGACAAAUCUCAACAAACUCAUAAAAACCCACAAUUACGUGCCUCAUCAACUGUCCCCGCUAUAUCCUCUUCAGACUCUAAUUCCUCGUUUGAUACACCACCAAGAAUCCCAAAGAAACCAAGUACCUUAAAAACAAAAAAACCUGCAAGAAAGGAAUUAUCAGGCAACAAAUGGUUUGUAGAAAACUAUGAGAAAUCAGACCUGAAAGAUACAAACGAACCAAUAAUCAUCGAAGGUAACAAAGAUGAAUCUAUCUUCAUCGGCAAAUGUUCAGACAUCAUGAUUCAAAUUAAGGGUAAAGUCAACGCAAUUACAUUCAAUGAAACAAUUAAUUGUUCAUUAGUCCUUGAUUCAUGUAUCUCCGGUCUUGAUAUUAUUAAAUCCAACAAAUUUGGUAUUCAAGUAAUCGAAUCAUUACCACAAAUUUCAAUUGAUAAAUCUGAAGGGGGGAACAUUUAUCUAUCCAAAGAUUCAUUGAAUACAGAGGUUUACACUUCUUGUUCAACUACUAUUAAUGUCAAUUUGCCCGUAGGUGAAGAUGAUGAUUUCGUAGAAUUCCCUAUCCCUGAACAAUUAAAACAUACUUUUGAUAAGGGUAAAUUAGAAUCCACUGUUUUUGAACAUGCAGGUUAG